CAAUUUCGCGUCAAUUCCUUUUCUCUCUCCUUUUUUAUUAUUAUAAAUAGCAUUACUCCCACAACCGCACCUUAACAUAAUCAAAGAGCCAUCAAUAUAUAUGUAUACAUAUUUUUCUCUCUAGCUUAUCCAUUUUGUGAGCUUCAUGGCAGAUAGCAAUUUCAAUUUACCACCAGGUUUUCGAUUCCAUCCAACUGAUGAAGAACUUAUAGUCCAUUUCCUUCUUCGAAAAGUCGCGCUUUUGCCUUGCCAUCCUGAUGUCCUUCCAGAUCUUGAUCUUUAUCCCUAUGAUCCAUGGGACUUGAAUGGUAAAGCAAUGGCUGAAAGCAGCAAAUGGUACUUUUAUAGCAGAAGAACACAAAGCAGAAUUACAGAAAGUGGAUAUUGGCAGUAUAUGGGGAUUGAUGAACCAAUACAUUCUAGUGCAAGCCAAAAGUUAAUUGGUAUGAAGAAAGAUUAUGCCUUUUACACUGGUAAGCCUCCAGAAGGUGUCAAAACAAAUUGGAUAAUGCAGGAAUAUAGGCUUUCCGAUUCGUCUUCCAUUUGUAGAUCAUCAAGGAAAAGAAAUUCGAAAAAAGAUUAUAGUAAGUGGGUGGCGUGUCGAGUGUAUGAGUACACUUGUGGCAAGGAAGACGACGAUGGGUCGGAGCUUUCAUACUUGGACGAAGUUUUUUUAUCGUUGGAUGAUCUCGAUGAAAUUAGUUUCCCAAAUUCGAUAAACAAAGAAAAGGAAGAGAAUAUGAUCUAAUAUUGUAUAGUACUAUUGUAAAUUUUCAAAUAUUAUUGUUCUUAGUCGUUGGAGUUGGACCAAAUGUCUUAUCAAGUUAAUUGAAUACAAAAGAUCGGUCUAACCAUUAAUUGA